CGCCGGCGGCUGCAGGAGCAGCGCGUGGUGCUCGGUCUCGGCCUGAAGCCCUUGCGGAGCCCCUCGCAGGAGGGACCUGACGCGGGCGGCGCUUCAGAGGCGCCCCAGCGGCAGCUGCGGGGCUGGCGGGGCUGGGCGGAAUAUAGCUGAAUUUCAAGAUGGCUCAGAAGAGGAGCUCAAGCGGGCGGUCAUUCCCAUUGCUGCUGCUGCUUAUUGCAGUGGCCUUUGUUCAUUUAACUGUCUGUCCUUUUACAAAAGUGGAGGAAAGCUUUAACCUACAAGCUAUCCAUGAUGUGGUGUACCACCAGCUGGACUUGGAUAAGUAUGACCAUCAUGAAUUUCCUGGAGUUGUCCCAAGAACGUUCCUUGGACCAAUUUUUAUUGCUGCUCUUUCCAGCCCAGCCAUCUAUGUACUUUCUGUGCUAAGAAUGUCCAAGUUUUAUUCCCAGCUGAUAGUCCGAGGAAGUUUGGGGCUCAGUGUGAUUUACACAUUAUGGAAGCUGCAAAAAGAAGUUAGGAAACAGUUUGGAGCAACUACAGCAUCAAUCUUCUGUCUCAUCACUGUUACUCAGUUUCAUUUGAUGUUUUACUGUACAAGAACCCUCCCUAAUGUGUUUGCACUUCCAUUUGUGCUCCUGGCAUUGACAUUUUGGAUACAACAAAAGCAAAGGCCAUUCAUUUGGUUCUCAGCUUUGGCAAUUAUAGUCUUCAGAUCAGAGCUCUGCAUAUUCUUAGGCCUCAUGCUCCUUGUGACGUUAUUAACUAAAAGAGUCUCCAUUUUCAAGGUGCUUUCCCAUGCUGUUCCUGCUGGAAUGUUUUGGUUGGGGCUAACAGUUGCUGUGGAUUCUCUAUUUUGGAGACAACUUGUGUGGCCUGAGGGGAAAGUGCUCUGGUAUAACACCGUUUUAAACAAAAGUUCCAACUGGGGAACCUCUCCCUUCUUGUGGUAUUUCUAUUCAGCCCUGCCUCGUGCUUUGGGAUGCAGCAUAGUAUUUGUACCUUUAGGGGUAACUGAGAAGAGAACUCGAAUUUUACUGUUGCCAGCACUGGGCUUUAUUUUCUUGUAUUCGUUUCUCCCACACAAAGAGCUGCGUUUCAUCAUCUAUACUUUCCCUGUUUUCAACAUAGUGGCUGCUAAAAUGUGCUCACGAAUUCUGAAUAACUACCGGAGAUCCUGGCUGAACAAACUCGGAUCUUUCUUUAUUAUAAUGCAUCUUCUACUUAAUGCUGUUUAUUCAGGAACAUCUUUAUAUGUUUCACAUUUCAAUUAUCCUGGAGGAGUGGCAAUUCAGAAGUUGCACGAGUUGGUACCUUCAACAGCAGAUGUCUCUGUUCAUAUUGAUGUGGCUGCAGCACAAACGGGAGUUUCUCGGUUUCUAGAAAUCAAUUCCGAUUGGAGGUAUGACAAAAGAGAAGAUGUUAAACCAGGAGACCAAUUGAUGUUUUCUUACACACAUAUACUGAUGGAAACAAAUCCUCUUCAAAUAUCACAUUACAAGACAACCCACAGGCCGCUGGCAAAUAUACCUGGCAUCAGUAAAAUUGGGUUGAACCUUACUGCACUACCUCCUUUUACUUUAAACUUGAAACCAAAAUUAGUACUGUUGGAAAAACUUCCUGUAUCAUCUUGACUGUGAAUUUUAAGUGUUUUGAUGUGAUUUUGCUGAUGACUGAACUACAUAAGACAGCAGCAAAUUGUCAUUCCAGCACUGCAACUCAGCUUCUGUGGAAAGGCACGGAAAAUCUCUGUACUGAUUGGUAUUUAGCUCCAUCCUGUUUCUUACGUAAAUAAUACAGUUCAUUCCUAGUCAGUAUAUACUCAGUAUACUGAGUUGUAUUGUUAGAUAUGUUUGAUAUAAGUUCAGUGGUAUUAAGUUAAAUCUAUUUGGUUUGGUAGUCUUGUUUCAUCGUGUAGCACAGGUAUGUCCUAAUUGUCCUAUAUAAGAUACAAAAUCAACAGGUUUGUGCUAGGGCAAUAAUUUGAUAUGUAAUCUGUGUGCAAAGAUGUAUUACUUAAUGUAUCUGCAGGAUUGUAACCCCCUCAGCUGUCAGACUGCCUGUGUGAAACCUAAUGAUGUUAUCAACAUAGGAAAGCCAUAUUCAUUGCAGCUUCAUCAUAAUACCUAAAUGUGCCCUGUAGGCUACCAAACUAAGGAAACAUUCACUUCAAAAGCAGCUGGACCUCUUGACAAGUGCUGUUUCAUAACAGAUUUGAGUACUAAGGAUGAUUGUCUUCAUUCCAACACUUUAUGAAAAAGCAGUAACUUGGAUUUCCUGAGAAAAAGAAUUUUUACAAUAAUGUUUCUCCUUUUCUGCUGUAAUGAUACCUUAAUUUGCAAUGCAAAAAUUUACGUAUGAAAAUGUCCACUUUAAGAUAGGUGCUGUUUUCCUUUUUUUUUAUUAAGAAAUCCCUUUGAAAAGGAGUACUCUACAUGUGCCAUGUACUAGAGUAAGAUUGCAUGCUCUGUAGUUUCUUUAUUAGAUGUUUUUGUUAAGGAUGUCUGGAUAGAUUGCUGAACGGAACAAGGAAAAAACAUUAGAAUUCUGGUUAGGACCAGUUGUAAAAUGACAGAAGCUCCAAUAGUGUAAAAUGUCAGAAUCACUGAAAUUGUCAUGGGCAGAAAACUAUUCCUUAGUAAAAUAUAAUUAUGGAAUAAAGUGGUUUGUUUUGU